GCCAAUUUGAUUCCUUCCUAUAUAGCUCUGCCGGUGUGGGUGAGAUAGAAAGAGAGGACUGGGCGAGUGGCAUGAGCUCUGGCUUUGCUUUUUCUCACAUCUUUGGCUUACUCAAUUGAAUUCUCUUCAAAGCCUUUCUUAUCUCUCUAUCUGGAGGUUACAACUUACAAAGAUACCUUCACAUGGAAGCAUAAGCAUCAUCGGUGAAAGGAUUUAUAAAAAGGACACAGCUUGUGUGCCCAUCGCCAUAUCUGCAUUCUCUCUUGAAGGUGGUCAAAACCAUUGGAUUCAAUUUCAAGAGCCAAAGACUGGAGAUUUCAGGGCUUACCGUAAGGCCCAGAAGGCUACCAACACUUGGGAUUGAGGAUUAGGGUUUUUGGAGGGUAUAGGGCAUUCCUGUUGGGAUAAUUCUUGGAAGCUUUACUGGUUUUGAGUUUUGGGUUUUGUGAUUGGGAUGCUUUUCAAGUCUGGGUAUCUGUUUGCUCAUUAGUGGUCCUUGAAAGAUCGAGUCUUGAAUGUGCAUAUAGGUACAUGGUUCGUUUGUUCAUUGGUGUUGUUUGACCUCAUUUGGGUAGGGUUUUGGUUGUUUGUGGUUUGGGAAAUUGUUAGGGUUCAUCACAUCACUGCAGUUAGUGAAGAGAAAAGUGAGUUGCUUUCUGCAUUGUUAACCUGGUAGAUAUUAAGGAGCACUAGAUAAGUUAGGGCGUGUCCUUUUGUACAUCAUCAUUGGCCAUCACAAGUAGUGGUUUAGAGUCUGAUCGAAUGAGGAGUAGGAGAGUGAGGGGGAGGGUUGUAAGGAGGGGGAAAGAGAAACUGGAUUGCCCUGACAUCGAUGGGAAUUUGAGUUUGGAUGAAGGGAUGCUUGAUUGGACAAGCCUACCUGAUGAUACAGCGAUCCAGGUUUUCUCAUGUCUGAGCCACAGGGACCGAGCUAGCUUGUCAUCUACCUGUCGGGCGUGGAGGGCCAUAGGUAAAUCUCCAUGUUUGUGGAAGGCAUUGGAUCUCCGGCAUCACAACUGUGAUACUGCAGUUGUUACAUCGCUUGCCAGUCGAUGUGAAAGUCUCCAUAAAGUCCGGUUCCGUGGUUCUGAAGCUGCUGUUGAUAUCAUCCAACUUAAAGCUAAGAAUUUGCGUGAGAUUAGUGGUGACUGUUGCAGAAAAAUGACCGAUGUUGUAUUUUCUGUGCUUGUAGCUCGCCAUACAGCACUAGAAAGCCUUACUAUUGGGCCAGAUUUCUGUGAAGGUAUCAGCAGCGAUGCUAUUUAUGUACUUGCAAUUUGCUGUCCAAAACUGCGGAAGCUUCGGCUCUCAGGCUUCCAUGAAGUGGAUGCGAGAGCAAUCAAUGCUCUGGCACAGCAUUGCCCAAAUUUGGCAGAUGUGGGGUUCAUUGACUGCCGAAGAGUUGAUGAAACGGCCCUCGGAAAUGUCACAUCUCUUAGCUUCCUCUCAGUCGCAGGGACAACAAAUAUAAAAUGGAAUUUGGUCUCACAACAGUGGACUAAACUUCCAAACCUAAUAGCUUUAGAUGUUUCUAGAACAAAUAUUGCACCAGUUACUGUUACUAGCCUUUUUACAUCCUCGUGUAGUUUAAAGGCCUUGUGCGCCUUGAACUGCCCAUCACUUGAGCAGGAUGCCAGUUUUGCCACCAAUAACUAUCACCAAGGCAAAGUGCUAUUGGCUAUCUUCACCGACAUUCUCAGAGGGGCAGCUAGCCUUUUUGUUGAUAUGCCAAAGAAUGAUCAGAAUGUUUUCCUUGAUUGGAGAAAUACCAAGGACAGGAAAACCAAUGAGAUUUUGAAUUGGUUAGAAUGGAUCAUUUCCAAUUCACUUCUACGUGUUUCUGAAAUUAACCCAGGCGGCUUGGAUAACUUCUGGUUAAAUCAAGGCGCAAGUUUGUUGAUUAAUUUCCUCCAGAGUCCGCAAGAGGAAGUUCAAGAAAGAGCAGCUAUGGCACUUGCGACUUUCGUUGUAAUUGACGAAGAAAAUGCUAGUAUCCACACUGGAAGAGCUGAAGCAGUUAUACGAUAUGGUGGGAUACGUCUUCUUCUGAACCUUGCCAAUUCAUGGAAGGAAGGACUUCAAGCAGAGGCUGCUAAGGCCAUAGCAAACUUAUCAGUGAAUGCUAAUGUAGCGAAAGCCGUGGCUGAUGAAGAAGGCAUCAACAUUCUUGUAAACCUUGCUAGGUCGGCGAACAGAUUUGUUGCUGAAGAGGCUGUUGGAGGACUAUGGAACCUUUCUGUCGGCGAAGAUCACAAGGGUUCAUUUGCUGAAGCUGGCCGUGUAAAAGCUUUGCUCGACCUUAUCAUUAAAUGGUCAAGGUCUAUUGGCGGUGAAGGAGUGACGGAGCGUGCUGCUGGUGCAUUAGCAAAUUUGGCUGCAGAUGAAAAUUGCAGCAUGGCAAUAGCUUCAGUUGGCGGUCUGCAUGCCUUAGCCACACUAGCUCGCACAAGCAAAGUUGAUGGUGUGCUAGAGCAGGCUGCUCGGGCACUAGCAAACUUGGCUGCUCAUGGAGAGAGCAAUAAUAGUAGUAUUGCAGUAGGAAGUGAGGCUGGAGCUCUUGAAGCCCUUGUGGAACUUACUCGUUCCGCUCAUAAUGGUGUUAGGCAAGAAGCUGCUGGUGCGUUGUGGAAUUUAUCCUUUGAUGAUAGAAACCGAGAAGGAAUUGCAGCAGCCGGUGGAGUGGAGGCAUUGGUGGCUCUAGCAAGUUUCGGCGCAAAUGCCUCCCAAAGCCUUCAGGAGAGAGUUGCUGGUGCCCUUUGGGGACUGUCUGUGUCAGAAACAAAUAGCAUUGCUAUUGGGCAAGAAGGAGGUGUGGCGCCACUACUUUUAUUGGCACAGUCUGCUGCUGAGGAUGUACACGAGACUGCUGUAGGAGCUAUAUGGAAUCUUGCUUUCAACCCUGGAAAUGCACUCCGCAUUGUAGAUGAAGGCGGAGUUUUUAUCCUAAUUCAUAUAUGUACUACUUCUGCAUCAAAAAUGGCACGCUUCAUGUCGUCAUUGGCACUCGCGUACAUGUUUGAUGGGAGAAUGCACAAAAUUGCACUGGAAGGAACAUCGGCUGGGGGCACUUCCAAGAUUAUAAAGCUUGAUAAUCUCAGAAAAUUGGCUUUCAAAUGCAUCGACGAAUUUGUCAUGUCUUUUUCUAAUCCUCAAGCAUUUGCUGCUGCUGCUUCUUCAUCGGCCCCUACAGCACUUGUGCAAGUAAUGGAAGCUGUUAGCAUUGAAGAAGCCGGUCAACUCAGAUGCAGCGGAGCUGAGAUUGGAAGGUUUGUUUCUAUGCUACGAAAUCCGGCUCCUACACUAAAAGGAUGUGCUGCAUUUGCUCUUCUCCAGUUUACAAUCAUUGGAGGCCGGCAUUCUCCCCUUCAUGCGAAACUCCUCCAGGACACUGCAUCUCAACGGCUGCUGCGUGCAGCAGCAGCGGCAGCAAGCGCUCCACCUGAAGCCAAAAUCUUUGCUCGCAUUGUCCUUAGAAACGUCGAGCAACAACAGGUGGGGUCUUCUUCUAUCUGAGGAGCAUCAAUCAGCGUGCAACGCGUGGGUCUGUGUACAAUGUCCCACCUUCUUGAAUGUAGAAUAGAGCCUUGAGAACAAUGAGGAAUAUACAUUUUUUGCUGUUUAAAUAAAUCUCUUCAUAGCUUUCCUACAUAAUUAAGGCCUCUAACAUAGAUUUUGGGUGCCUUUUCUUUUUGUAUAUCUCUUUGUAAUCUUGUUAUGCUUUUAGCUAUUAAUUAGCUAUAGCUACUCUGUUGGCCUUCACUUUUUGGUUAUUUUGAGGAUAUAAAGAUGGGCCAUCAAUAUUCCGCAGACCAA